UCCUCCUCCUCUGUUUCUCUCGAACUUCUUCUCCUCUCUCUCUCCCUAUAAACUUUCUCCUCCGCCGCCGUAACCGCCAUUUUCCGCCCUAACUGUUUAUGUGCGCUUUCUUGUUCUAGAAGUUAUUGACAUAUGCAUCCUUUUUGUUGUGUCUCUACUAUCUCCGACCACUCCCCUUCGACACCGUUGCCAGAGCAACCGUCGUUCUCUAUGUACGCCGCCACACAGGGAACUCCUUUCGGUUCCGCGAGAUCCCAACCGGUUAUCACCCGGUCUGCCUCACAACGAUAUAAUAAUCCCGGUCAAUCUAAUCAUCAUCAUCUCCACCACAGUCUCUCUUUUAACCACCAAAACGUCUUUGCCUCCGACCAGCGUGUACUUGCCUUGCCUGCAGCGGCAAGGGAAGCGCCUGUGGAUGUCAAGAUCAACGAUAUAGCCGGGAAUUCGAUAUCCGGGAUAUUGUACAAAUGGGUGAACUAUGGGAAAGGAUGGAGACCAAGAUGGUUUGUUUUGCAAGAUGGAGUGCUUUCGUAUUAUAAGAUCCAUGGACCUGAUAAGAUUGUUGUUGUCCGUGAGACUGAGAAAGGAUCAAGAGUCAUCGGAGAAGAGUCCACGCGUAUGAUCUCCAGAAAUAACCGUCAGGCCGCCUCUAUCGCCAACCACCAGCUCCGGCGCAAGCCAUUUGGUGAAGUCCAUCUUAAGGUUUCAUCAAUCCGGGAGAGUAGAUCAGAUGAUAAGAGAUUUUCAAUAUUUACUGGUACCAAGAGGCUUCACCUACGUGCGGAGACGAGAGAAGACAGAACAGCUUGGAUGGAGGCUUUGCAAGCUGUCAAAGAUAUGUUUCCAAGAAUGUCGAAUUGUGAGUUGAUGGCACCGACCAACAGCUUAGAUAUCUCUAUAGAGAAGCUUAGGUUGAGAUUGGUUGAGGAAGGAGUGAGUGAUUCAGCCAUUCAAGACUGCGAGCAAAUCACAAGGUCUGAGUUCUCAGCAAUUCAGAGCCAGCUUUUGCUUCUUAAACAGAAGCAAUGGCUUCUCAUUGACACACUCAGGCAACUAGAGACAGAAAAAGUAGAUCUCGAGAACACGGUUGUAGAUGAGACUCAACGACAAGCUGACAAUGGAGACUCAGGAACUAUUAGUGAAUCCGAAGAUGAUAAUGAACAAUUUGAUGAGGCUGAGGAGGAAAUUGAUACAUGUGACUCUCUUUCUUCAAGUUCAUUCAAAAGUAUUGGUUCAGCUUUUCGUACAUCAUCCUUCUCUUCAGAUGAUGAUGGACUUAAUAAUGGUUUUGAGUCAGAAUAUGAUGAUCUUGAUCCUUCCAUCAAGUCUAUUGGAUUAAACUAUCCUCAUGUCAAACGACGAAAGAAAUUACCUGAUCCGGUUGAGAAAGAGAAGAGUGUUAGCCUUUGGUCAAUGAUCAAAGACAACAUAGGCAAGGAUCUCACAAAAGUUUGUCUUCCUGUUUACUUCAAUGAGCCACUAUCUUCUCUACAGAAAUGCUUUGAGGAUUUGGAGUAUUCAUAUCUUCUUGAUCAAGCAUCUGAAUGGGGAAAAAGGGGAAAUAACCUCAUGAGGAUUCUGAAUGUAGCUGCAUUUGCUGUAUCUGGUUAUGCAUCAACUGAAGGAAGAAUUUGCAAACCUUUUAAUCCAAUGUUAGGAGAAACAUAUGAAGCUGACUAUCCCGACAAAGGCCUUCGGUUUUUCUCUGAGAAGGUGAGUCAUCAUCCUAUGAUUGUGGCAUGCCAUUGUGAUGGGACUGGAUGGAAAUUUUGGGGAGAUAGCAAUUUGAAAAGCAAAUUUUGGGGUCGAUCGAUUCAGCUAGAUCCUAUUGGUUUGUUGACUUUGAAAUUUGAUGAUGGUGAAACUUUUCAGUGGAGUAAGGUGACUACAUCAAUAUACAAUCUCAUACUUGGUAAACUGUAUUGUGAUCACUAUGGAACAAUGCGAAUCGAAGGCAACGGUGAAUACUCAUGUAAACUUAAGUUCAAGGAACAGUCGAUGAUCGAUAGGAAUCCUCAUCAAGUUCAAGGCGUAGUAGAAGACAAAAAUGGGAAAACAGUGGCUAAGUUGUUUGGGAAAUGGGAUGAGAGUAUGCACUAUGUGAUGGUGAAUCAAGGAAAUGCGAAUGAAUCUCAUCUUCUGUGGAAACGAAACAAAACUUGUGAAAACCCAACAAGGUAUAACCUAACACGGUUUGGGAUCACGUUGAACGAGCUGACGCCUGGUUUAAAGGAGAAGCUGCCACCAACAGAUUCAAGACUUAGACCAGACCAGAGGCAUUUGGAGAAAGGAGAGUUUGAAAUGGGGAACGCGGAGAAGUUGAGGUUGGAACAGAGACAAAGACAAGCGAGGGAGAUGCAAGAGAGAGGUUGGAAACCAAAGUGGUUUAGAAAAGAGAAAGGAAGUGAUGAGACUUACAAAUACAUUGGAGGUUAUUGGGAAGCUAGAGAUUCUGGUCGUUGGGAUGAUUGUCCUGACAUCUUUGGUCAAGUUCACCAAUCCAUCAAGUAAACCACACUACACAACUCCAUUUAUCUUCAUCACUAAACAUAUAUGUAUUAUUUUUUUUUGUUGUUUCUCGUGUUCUUCGUUAAUUCUUUAUAUACCUGUUUUUUCCCACUUCUGCUAAGGAGUUUGUGAUGAAAACAACUCAUUUCUCCUUUAGAGUUUUCUUGAGAUCCCUAAACACUUUUUUUUUUU